AUGGCCCUCAAAGUGAAGGACAUUGAAGCCAUGGAUCCUAGCAUCCUGAAGGGGGAGCCUGCGACAGGUAAAAGACAGAAGCUUGGGGCUAACAGUGGUUUGCACAUCAUCAUCUUUGAUGAAAUCGAUGCCAUCUGCAAGCAGAGAGGGAGCAUGGCCGGGAGCACAGGAGUGCAUGACACUGUUGUCAAUCAGCUGCUGUCCAAAAUUGAUGGAGUGGAGCAACUGAAUAACAUUCUAGUCAUUGGAAUGACCAACAGACCAGAUCUGAUAGAUGAGGCUCUCCUUCGACCUGGAAGAUUGGAAGUUAAGAUGGAGAUAGGCUUACCAGAUGAGAAAGGUCGACUACAGAUCCUUCACAUCCACACAGCAAGGAUGAGAGGGCACCAGUUACUCUCUGCUGAUGUGGAUAUUAAAGAACUGGCUGUGGAGACCAAGAAUUUCAGCGGUGCUGAACUCGAGGGUCUGGUGCGAGCAGCACAAUCCACUGCUAUGAAUAGACACAUAAAGGCCAGUACUAAAGUAGAAGUGGACAUGGAGAAAGCCGAGAGCUUGCAGGUGACAAGAGGAGACUUCCUUGCUUCUUUGGAGAAUGAUAUCAAGCCAGCAUUUGGCACAAACCAAGAGGAUUAUGCAAGUUACAUUAUGAAUGGUAUCAUCAAAUGGGGUGAUCCAGUUACUCGGGUUCUAGAAGAUGGGGAGCUGCUGGUUCAGCAGACUAAAAACAGUGACCGUACACCGCUGGUUAGCGUCCUUCUGGAAGGCCCUCCUCAUAGUGGGAAGACUGCCUUAGCUGCAAAGAUUGCAGAGGAGUCCAACUUUCCCUUCAUCAAGAUCUGUUCUCCUGAUAAGAUGAUUGGCUUCUCUGAGACGGCCAAGUGUCAGGCCAUGAAGAAGAUCUUUGAUGACGCGUACAAAUCCCAGCUCAGUUGUGUGGUUGUGGAUGACAUUGAGAGACUGCUUGAUUAUGUUCCUAUUGGUCCUCGAUUUUCUAACCUGGUGUUACAGGCUCUUCUUGUGUUAUUGAAAAAGGCGCCACCUCAGGGCCGCAAGCUUCUUAUCAUUGGCACCACCAGCCGCAAAGAUGUUCUUCAGGAGAUGGAAAUGCUUAACGCCUUCAGCACCACCAUCCAUGUGCCCAAUAUUGCCACAGGAGAGCAGCUGUUGGAGGCUUUGGAGCUUUUGGGCAACUUCAAGGACAAGGAACGCACCACAAUUGCACAGCAAGUCAAAGGGAAGAAGGUCUGGAUAGGAAUCAAGAAGUUACUGAUGUUGAUUGAGAUGUCGCUACAGAUGGAUCCUGAAUACCGUGUGAGAAAGUUCUUGGCCCUCUUAAGAGAAGAAGGAGCUAGCCCGCUUGACUUUGACUGAAAGUGGAGCAUUUGCAACACAGUGACCAAGGGAAGUGACCAAGGUGAAGAUGGGAUCUUCAGUCAUCUUA